AUGAAAACUCCAAAGAACUUCUUGACGUGUUACUUAUUAUUAUUGUGCACGCGAUUCGAUCAUUUAGAGGCGCAAAUACUCGGAACGCACACGCACUUUGCUCCUAAUGCCGAUAGAAGCAGUCAGCUUUCACCUCAACAACAAGGACAAAUAUUGAGCGAUAUCCAGCAACAUCAACACAGAUUUGAUUUGCCUCGAAAUCAACAACAAUUCGAACCUCAACAUUUCCAGACAAAUCAAAAUUUCCAAUCGACGAAAACAUUACAGACGUUUUUGAAUCAGCAGCAGUUUGUUUCUCAGAGCCCUUUACAACUAAAUACGCAAGAAAGUUUUGCUCAAAAUGAAUUUUUGAAUAAUUUGCCUUUAUUAAAAUCCAUACCAACGAACGUUGUCCCCACGCCGCAGCAAGCUUAUCAACAAAUAUCCCCACCAACUAAUCAAGUGAUUUUUCCAGAUCAAAAACCUUCCGAAAGGACGAAAGUCAUUCAACAUCAUACGCAAACCAGUUUCCAACCGGCUCGCCAGUCACUUCCGCUAGGACCACAGUUCAUUCAACCCAGACCAACAACUGAUCCCAUUUCACUUAUAGAACAACAAAUAAAAUCGUUAGAUCCAGAAAAACACAAACAAAAAAUUAAAGAACUCAGAGAAAAACAAGCUAUAAUCGAAAAACAUGCUCAGUUCGUUGAAAAACAAUACGAAAAAGCACUUAAAAAAGCACAAGAGGAACAUCAAGCUUUCAUCGAUAGACAGAGGAACCAAAAGAAGCAACUUUAUCAAAAAUUGUACAAAACUUCUGCGGAAACAGUUUCGUUACCACAAACAGCACCAAGAUUAUUAUAUCCAGAAGAAAUUAGUUUAUUUGAACAAGCCGUUAAACAAUAUUACGAAGAACAUCCAACAACUACUUCGAGUCCUAGUACUAGUAGUACUAUUUCACCGACAUUUCUACCUACAGCGUUACCACAAUCUAAAGUUAAAUCGAUACAAACUUUAGAAGACCUGAAUCAAUUAAAAAACGAGUACAAAUCGCAAAAAAUACGGAAAGAUGAUCUCCUCGAACAACUGAGAUUAGCAAUUGGUAGAAGACAAGAAGAUGAAAGUGAAAAAACUUUGAGUUCUAGGGAGAUAUCAUCAUCUAAAGCAAAAACAAAUCAACUAAACUCACCAGGUGAUCAAGCAAACGCUUCCAAAGGGAAAGAAGAUGGAAAUGUCCUACUACCAAGCGGUCACCAAGUGAAUAUAUUCGGAACCACUACUAUUCCGAAAGAAAUAACUUUACCGAACGGACAAAAAGCUCAGUUGAUCGCCAGUACCACCCAACCGACGCCUAUAGAAGAAAUAAUACUUCCAAACGGGGAAAAAGUCGAAUUGAUCAAAACUUCGGAUCCCAGUUUGGUACCUGAUGGUGUUAAAGUCGAACCUGGUAGCGAUUUAGAAAAAUUAGUAUUUUCUAGAACAACUACAACAACGGAAACACCACCGAAAGCUAUUUUAGACGAGCUUACCAAAACCGUACCAUCUUCUAAUUACGAAUUAUUGAAAACAGGCGCGAGUGGAAGUUUAGAAUCCAUCGGGAAGAACCUCCCUGAUGAAAAAAAAGUAACGUUCGUACUUUUAGAAGAACAAAGUGAUGGUACUUUGAAAAUACAAGGCGUCAAAGGAAACGAUAAAGAUAAACCCGUCGAUGUGGACGCCAUUUUAAACAAAAUUAGAAAAGGAGAAAUAAAAUUACCAAAUAAUCCUAAUAUAAGCACAACUACACAUACACCCGAUAUAAUAUCCUCAACUUUACGCAAUGAUUUUACAACGUUAGGUGAAAUACGUGCUACUAUUACCCCUAAUUCGUUCGCUACCGAAGAACCCCGAUUCGGUAGUACCAUAAGUGAAUAUAACGAAGAAGAAACUGGAAUACCAUCAUUAAAAACCAAUAUAGGUACGCAAAUAAUCUCGACUUCAACGCCAUCAACUUACUUUUCAAGUACACCUCGUAUAUUAAACAAGGAUUUAUUAAAUCAAGCGUCUAGUGUACAAGAAUCGCCGAGUAAAAAUUUGCUAGCUCCCAAACCUACGGAAAUAACGAUACAACAAAAUUUUUCUCAAUUAAAUCCGAUACAAGAAGUAGAAAAUUUGAAAUCUGAAUUACCAGAGAUAUUAAAAAAGAACGGAUUGUUCGCUAUGGCGAAGUUUUUAAAACAAUCUGGUCUCGAUACGAUUUUGAACGAGACAGGUCCGUACACGAUAUUCGUACCGACCGAUAAAGCUUUUAGAACUUUGUUGAUUCAAUUAGGGGGGCCCGAGAGAGCGGAGGAAAAAUUUAAAGAAAAUCCGAGGUUACUAAGUGGGCUAUUGUUGCAUCACGUAAUACCGGGUGCGUUUAAAAUAAAUUCUCUACAGGAUGAAAUGACAGGUGUGUCUUUGGCGGGAACUCAAUUACGAGUGAAUCAAUAUGCUAUGCACGAUAAAGAAUGGAACGAUAUCAAAAUUACUACUAUAAAUGGAGCCAAGAUAUCAGAAGAAAACCAAGAUAUCGAAAUACCACAAGGUGUUGCACACGCUAUAGAUAAAGUUAUGUUUCCCCUACCGGUUGGAGAUAUCGUUCAAACGCUGCAAUCAGAUCGAGAAAGGAGAUUCACUAGUUUAUUAAGAGCAAUAUUUGCUUCCGGACUCAACGAAAUGCUUCAGAGCUCAAAAAUUUUCACGUUGAUCGCACCGACAGAAAAGGCGUUCGCUGCUUUAUCCACCGAAGAUCUAAGCAAAUUAGUAACCGAUAAAGUUUUAGCGCGAGAAUUGGUUCUCAGACACGUAUUAUCUGGGACUCUUUAUACCAAUGGUAUGAGAUACUACCAAAUUAAAGAUAGUCUACUACAAGAUCGACAAAUUACCUUCAGUAAACAAACAGGUAAAGUGAAGGUGAAUAAUAAUCUUCUAACAACGCAGAACAUUCCCGCUACGAACGGUGUUAUCCACGCCAUCGACAAUCUACUUUGAAUGUAUUUCGAUGAUAUUUUAUGAUUUUUCAAUCUGCGAUCGCCGUCAUAGAAAAGAAGAUUUGUUAGUGUAAUAGAUAAACAAUUAACAAUAUAGAAUUACUUUUAACAAUGCAGGACUCGAUAAAGGUACAAAAUUUGUUAAACUAAUUCCAUUUAUAAACUAAUUGAUGUUAAAAAGGUUCAGGUAAGCUUUAUUGAUCAUGUGAAUACAUUUUUAUCCCAGAUUUUUUUACGUGACAUAUAUUGCAGUAUUUUGAAUUUUUUUUUUACUUACAGUACAAGAAUUUAGUUUCUGUAUUACUUUAUACGUACGGCAAAGUUGUUUUUUCUAUGACCUGCAUCAACAAUUUUAGUUAAAAGAAACUUUUGAGUGCAAACUUGUUUGAUUUACUAAAUUAGGUUUGUCCUGGUAGUUUCCAGUUUUCGAGAAAUUUUAUUGAAUAUGACACUAUGUUAUAUCCUAUAAACACCAUAAAUUCGACCGAAAUUAUCAAAACUGGCCACAAGACUAAGUUGUAUAUAUUUAAAAAACAUUAUUGAAUGUUUAAUAAUACCUCUAUCAAUAUUGUAAAUUAUUUAAGUAACUAAUAGAUUAGUUUGUACAUUUAUUUGUAAUAUAUGAUUUUUAAAAAUA